GGGGCAUGAUGACAUAAACAUUACACGGAGCAACGAGGGAGAAUACAAUGAUGGCAGCCUACAUGAGGAGCGUGUUUUGUCUAUUUUCAUUUGAGAGUAAAGCUGUAUUACUGGGAAAAGGAAGCAGUAGACCUAUUGUGGAAAGUAAACGAUAUGUACGCGGACUGAGACGGAAACCGGUCAACGUGUUAUUUACAGAAUAUGACUCUUCGAAAGUCAUAAAGCCAAAACACUCUCCCAAACAACAGCAACCCGAGAAGAUGGAGAAACCAACCAAGGACAUUAGAAACACUGCAGAAAAGGCGUUUGUCAGUGAGAGGGAAAGUGUUUGUACUGCCACAAAAGAUGCACAGAGGAGACCUAUCACACAAGAUGAUAUCGCAGGACUCCGUUUUGAGAGGGCUUUCCCUGGAGACAAGAGACUAUCAAAGGUGGUGAGUGUGGCUCGGUCGAGGACCUUUCGGGAGCACCAGGGUAAGAUCCUGCUCGAGGGCAGGCGGCUCAUCAGUGAUGCCCUAAACGCUGGAGCCAUCCCUCAGAUGGUGUUCUUCAGUUCAAUGGAUCGCCUUUUGGAGCUCCCCGUGAACAAGCUGAAACGGGCCAACCUGGUCAAAGUAAAGUUUGAAGAUAUAAAAAUCUGGUCUGAUCUAGUGACUCCACAAGGUGUAAUAGCCAUAUUUUCUCGCCCAGACUCCUCAAAAUUAAAAUACAACAGUGAUUAUUCAAUACCUUUGUCUUUGAUAUGUGAUAAUAUUCGUGACCCUGGGAAUCUUGGCACAAUCAUACGAUGUGCUGUUGCAGCAGGUUGUCACAGCAUCCUCCUCACUAAAGGUUGCGUUGAUGCCUGGGAACCUAAAGUAUUACGGGCUGCAAUGGGUGCCCAUUUCCGCCUUCCCCUCUAUUCCAAUCUGCACUGGGAUGAUAUUGAAAGCUAUUUGCCUAAAUCUGUGACUGUCCAUGUAGCAGACAACAGUGGGAAUAGACAAAUGGAAAGUACAGAGCCAAAACCUGAUGAACUGAAAACAUCUCAGAAAGCAGGAAAUUACGGCUGGGUCAGAGCACAGUCUAAUCACACACAAGUGGACUAUGAGGACUAUGAUUCAGAUUCAGAUGAUGAAUGUGAACUGCCUCUUCACAGAGUGGCCACUAAGCUGUACCAUGAGCCCUGGGCUCAGAACCCCACAGCCCUUGUGAUUGGAGGAGAAACUCAUGGUCUCAGUGUAGAGUCGGUGCAACUCGCGGGAAAAACGUCUGGCCACAGACUUUUUAUUCCUGUAGUUCCUGAAGUAGACAGUUUAAAUUCUGCCAUGGCGGCCAGCAUCCUCCUAUUUGAGGGCAGAAAGCAACUAAUGCAGCAACUUCACUCCACAAAGUCAAAGUCUCAGGCUGUCAACAAAAUGAAACAUGUAGUUAAAUAAUGGACAAAAAACCUCAAAAUAAAAAAUGGUAAACAAGAUAAAUAAUGAGAAACACAAAAUAACUAAAGAUGCAUUUAUACAAUUUAAAUCAAUUUUGCAUAUUCAGUGACCAAAAGCAUGUGCAGAUUGGUUGCUUGUGGUUUUGCCUGUUACUGUCAGUCUCCAUAUGCAUUUUCAGAAAAGUAAAGAGAAAAGUAUGUGUUGGCUAUAAUUUCUUAUAGUCAAAUAAAACAUUGAAA